AUUUUAUAUUUAUAUAUGAACGUAAGAUGCCAUUUCCUCCUCCUUUACUUUAUUUGCGGUGGGUUAUCUGCCAGAGUGUUUAGGAAGACGGGAGAAUGUGAGAGUUUCGUGGCCUUGCGGCCGUUUUUGAGAAAGCCAAAGGUAAGGAAUCGCAUAUCGAGGGAGGAACGAAAAAGGCGCUCUAGAUUUUCAAAUCAACUUGCAAAAGAACUUCGAAUGAAGUAUUGGGAGAGAAUUGGCAAAAAGGUGAACAAUGUGGUCUCGUUUCCGGAAGAUCAGUACCAUGACCACGAUAUCGACCCUAAAAGAGGAUUUAUUGUCCAAGAGGUAAUUCCCCGCAUGGUUACGGUGUAUCGUUCUCUCGAACCUCUUAAACUAUCCGAGGGAUCUUCAUCAGCGUUUGAUAGACACGCCUUUAUCCGUUUCUUAUGUGAUAUAAAGGCAGUUUUUGCUUUAUUUAUGGAGAGUUUUGGUGCGUUUCCAAAGUUUGAACUACUGAGUCAAAUGGGCCCCUCUGAGCAGAUUAACAGAUUACAAUCGGAUAUUAACUACAUGACCUCGUUAAUGAAGGUUGAGGAGAGCAUGCCCUCUAAGCUUUGCGCAGAAUAUCUCGAUUACCUUCGGAAUCUUAUCGAGACGAACGACAAGGCAUAUCUUUGUAACGUUUUUAUCUUUUAUAAGGAGUGGCACUUGUGCAAGGACGUCUUGCUGAACAGCAUCCGUACUCACCUCAAGAUUGUGAGAAGACUAAAAUGUAGAUUUUUUGACCCGGACUGCAUGAACCUAGAGAGGGUUAUAAAUUUAAUGUCGGUGUCUUGGGAUAGGAGUGACAAAGACUCUUUUUUGAACGAGAUUGACAACGCCUACAUUAGAAUGUCUAGGGCAUUUUUAACUUUUUUUUCCCUCUAGUUGAUUUAUUGCCCUUGUGCAAUUUACAUUUAUACCAAAAUUGGCUGCAUAGAUUCAUGUGGCCAUCCUACCAUAUGGAGGAAAAGUUUAUAGUGCGGGAAAGUCGUUGGUGUCGUCAAUAUUUCCUAAUACUUCUUGUACCUUUUUCUCUUGCUUUGGUUUAACGCUAGCUGUUCUUCUGAUAAAGGAGUGCUUGGAGGUAUAUUCUUCCUCGAUUGAGCGAUUUAAAUCCAUCUUGGAGACGUCAAUGACAUCAGCAUCAGAUUCUAUGAUAUGCUUUAUAAUAUCCACUGCAGUGCUCAUUGCAGACUUUGAUCCAACCAGAAGGAAUGAAUCUCCUUCGGCAUCUCUACAGACCAGAAUUGUAUCUAAUCCUGAGCGAGCUACAAUGUCUCUCAUUGUAGAGCCAUUCUUUCCGAUGAUCUUUCCAAGGAAUUUGGAUUCUACCUUCAAGUGCCCAUAUUUCUUACCAUCUCCGUCCUGGUCCACGGGACCAUUGAGACCAAUGUCGAAUAUCUUGUCAAAAGUAACAUCAAGAUGAUCCUGAAUGGUCUUGACAUUUGGCUUGUCACCAGUAAUUUUGAUUGCCUGCUUGCCCAGGGUAAGCUUGACGCGGAAUGUUGUUUCAAGUUCCUCAAGCUUGGAACGAUCCUCAGAAAGCACUGUAUGUUCUACUGGAGUCAAGGUUCUGUCUACAGAAACAUAGUUAUCCAGAAUUCCCUUGAGCUUUGCUACAGUUUCCUUUUGCUGGGCAGUAUUUCCAAAAAUCUCAACACGAGCAUCUUCGUCACGCUUCGCAGAGUGAACCACUAGAUGGGAACCAACUUCACUCUCUAUAAAGCCAAGAUAUGGGUUAACUAUUGAGACCUGGGAUGCC